CACUCGCCUUUCUCGGCCCAUUUCUUCUUCUUCUUCUUCUUCUCUCUCUCUCUCUCCUAAUUUUCAGACUUCACACUUCCCCCUUCUUCCCCAUACUUCUGCUUCACACGAAGUGUGUGAGUGAGUGCGUGUUUUAUGAACAAUUAAUGGUCUGUGUCGAACGAAUGACAGCAUCAUCUUGCUUAGACUCCUCCUCCAACAUCACCACAGGAGACGAACUUAAAACUGUAGUGCAAUUGUUUCAAAACAACACCAGAAAUGAUGGCGAUGGUGAUGAUUUAAAUCGCAACAUAGAAGAAGAAGAAGAAGGUUUCUCAAAGAUGGUGAUCAGAGAGUGUAGAAUAUGUCAAGAAGAAGACGGAGAGCACGAACUGGAAUCUCCUUGUGCCUGUAAUGGCACCCUCAAGUUUGCUCAUAGGAAAUGUAUUCAGAAAUGGUGCAACAAGAAAGGGGAUAUAACCUGUGAGAUAUGCAAUCAGGUUUAUUCACCAAAUUAUGCUCUUCCACCUGCAAGAAUUAAUCCCGAUGUUAUGACUAUUGAUAUCAGGCAUGCAUGGGGCCCACAAAUUGACCUAAGGGAUACUCACUUUCUAGCUUUUGCUUCUGAGCACCAGUUUCUUGAACAAGAUUACGAAGAGUAUGAUGUAUCAAGUAAUACAAGCAUUGCUUACCUCCGUUUUAUGGCUCUCAUUUUGAUGUUAAUAUUACUCGUACGCCAAGCUUUGUUAAUCACAAGAGACCUGGGAAUGGUGCCAGAAUCAUCCAAAAUCUUUAAAUUUCAGGUUUCUGUUCUUCAGCUGGCGGGGUUUCUUCUUCCAUGUUAUGUGGUUAGCCGUUCAUGGUUGAUGAUUUUAAGGCAAAGAAGAAGGCAGAUAUAAUGAAUGAUGAUGAGCAAAGCCUUUUUGUAUAUCAUCCUACUCCAAUGGCAAUGGCCAUGAACUCGAUUGCAGUCUAAAAUACUUGCAACAGUUCUUGAAGCAUUUAAAUGCCACUUGUUCAAGAAUCAAAGGGCAAGACAAGUUCAAAUGCAAAAAAAAAAAAGUUUUCCUCUUUAGGAAAUCUUGUUUUAAGUUUUAAUUUUUAAAUGCUUUAAUUGAUGGCCAUAUUAUGUAAAUUGUGUAUAUUGUUGAGUUCAUUGGUCGAUCUUGCAUUUUCAGCUUCUUCUAUGCGUGUAAUUUCGACCAAUUCAUCUAAAAAUGGGUUGAUUUGGGUUAUAUUUUAUUUUAAAUUGGUUAAGGGGUGUAGGAGAUUGCUUAUGUAAUGUACUUUCAGCUUCUUAUUA